UUAUGAGUUAGAUUUGAAGGAAAGAAGAGCAUGAUGGCUUUGGGUUGGAUGAGAGAAGAAAGAGAUAGCUUUGGAUCAAUUGAAGUUCCUUUGGACAAGUUAUUUACUUUAUCUUUGUAUUUCCUCUGUGUUUUUGUUUUAAAGCUGAGAAUGAGUUGUUUUGUUAAUUAGAUUAUGGGGAGCACAAACUCAGAGAUCGUUGCACAACUUUCAUAUUGGUGGCCUUUCUGAACGCAUGCCUCUACCCAUCGUUUCUGCCUUUGGCAUCUUGAAGAAAUGCGCUGCUAAGGUGGAAUAAUAGGUGCCUCUUCCGGUUGUUGUGGUUGUUCCACAUCAUCUUCUUCAAUGCAUGAGAAGAAGGAUUGUAGAGUUUGUACCCUUUGGAGUUGGCAUCGUAACUAAUGAAGACGUAUUUUCCACUUUUGUCAUCAAGCUUACUUCUCACAUGGACAUGAGUGAACAUGGAGUAUGGUCUUGAUCCUAAUGUAGGAGAAGCGAUAAUGCAAGCAGCUCAAGAAGUAGCAGAAGGAAAACUGAACGAACAUUUUCCGCUCGUUGUAUGGCAAACUGGAAGUGGCACACAGAGUAACAUGAAUGCUAACGAGGUUAUUGCAAACCGAGCAGCAGAGAUUCUUGGCCGUAAGCGUGGUGAAAAGUUUGUACACCCAAAUGAUCAUGUCAAUAGAUCACAGUCUUCAAAUGAUACAUUCCCAACUGUAAUGCACAUUGCAGCUGCAAAGGAAAUAAACUCAAGACUAAUCCCCAGCCUGAAAAUCUUGCAUGAUACACUAAACUUAAAGUCAAUUGAAUUCGAAGAUAUUGUGAAGAUAGGACGAACUCAUACUCAAGAUGCAACACCUUUGACUCUUGGGCAAGAAUUUAGUGGGUACACUACACAAGUGAAGUAUGGUAUUGAGCGAGUAAUUGCGACAAUGUCGCGCAUGUAUCAGCUUGCUCAGGGUGGUACAGCUGUAGGGACCGGAUUGAAUACAAAGAAGGGGUUUGAUGCAAAGAUAGCAGCAGCAGUAGCCGAAGAAACAAAUCUGCCUUUUGUUACGGCAGAAAAUAAGUUUGAGGCCUUGGCUGCUCAUGAUGCGUUUGUUGAAACUAGCGGUGCCCUUAACACUGUUGCGGCUUCUUUGAUGAAGAUUGCUAAUGAUAUACGGCUAUUGGGAAGUGGUCCACGCUGCGGUCUUGGUGAACUCAUUCUUCCUGAAAAUGAACCAGGAAGCAGCAUUAUGCCUGGGAAGGUUAACCCUACCCAAUGUGAGGCUUUGACAAUGGUUUGCGCACAGGUGAUGGGAAACCAUGUUGCGAUCACAGUGGGUGGAUCAAAUGGUCAUUUUGAGCUCAAUGUAUUCAAGCCAAUGAUUGCCAGUUGUCUCCUUCGUUCGGUGAGACUGCUGGGAGAUUCAGCUGCUUCAUUUGAAAAGCAUUGUGUGAGAGGUAUUGAAGCUAAUAAGGAAAGAAUUUCAAAAUUACUGCAUGAGUCACUGAUGCUUGUGACAUCCUUGAACCCAAAAAUUGGUUAUGACAAGGCAGCAACUGUUGCCAAGAAAGCCCACAAAGAGGGAACUACUCUUAAGGAAGCUGCAUUGAAAAUUGGAGUGCUGAGCUCUGAAGAUUUCGACAAACUUGUGGUACCUGAGCAAAUGCUUGGACCAUCCGAUUAAGUAGCUCGUAAAUGUUUUGUUCUAAUGAUUCCUUGUUCCACCAUCGCCUACAUUAAAGUACCUUGUUUUGAUACUAUUACGUACGUAUGCUUUAUACCCAGGCUAAAAGUUCCUAAAAUAUAUCAUAGAACCAUGAUAGUAAAAAAUUACAAAUAAAAUGGAUUUGUAUGGGUCAACUACAUUGCAUUGCAGUGCUAUGAGUAAAAAAAAAAACUUUAUAUUGUGACAGUAACGUUUGCAAUCGCAGACAAUUUAAAAUCAUUAUUUUACGACAUGAAUGCAAAAAAAUGUUAUAUUACGAC